AUGACAUGUUUGGACGCAGGGAGACUGCACCCCGCGCCAGACGGUCCUAGCGACGAAUUUAGACCUGUGGCUAGAAGCCCAGGUCACAACUUCCAUGCGCAAACAUCAUUCAGAAGCCCGGAAAAUCUAGGAGAACACCAUGACCAUGCUCUGUCACAUCCUCCGCCGACUCACUGCGCUCCACAACCCCUUCAUGGCCGUAGAAAUUGGUCCGCGGCGUCUCCAGGAAGAAACAAUGGCAACGGCGUGUUGUUUGACUUGACAGGUGUUGUUUCGCCACCCGAUACAUCGAACAGCACGGCAGAGUAUUCAGAGUUGGCCUCGAGUUUGGACCUUGACCCGGUUUUGCGUCACAUUCCGGAACUUGGAGGGUCUUCGAGCGGAGGUAGUGGCAAUAGCCUCGAAGGAAGUAUCAUUGAGCCAAAUACUGGAAGCGAGUACCACGGUGCCAGCUCCAUUCUAGCGAUAUGCUCAGCGGCUGCAAUUGAAUGGGUUGUUCAACAAACACAUAAUCAACGCUACCCUCGCCUUAGCGAGUCAAUGGCAGCGACAAUUGCCAGUCAACUGAAGUUGAAUAAACGCUUUGACAGAGAGCGAGCGCCAGAACCGAGCUUUGAAGCAGCAUGGAGGUACUAUGAAGCGUAUUUCCAACAGGCUGAGUCGGUGUUUCCUGUCAUCAAUCGCCCUUCUUUCGAAUCACGUCUUCGACAGACUUUUAAUCAAGGUGAGAAAUCAGAUGACGAUCCAGCUUGGUAUGCGUUGCGCCAUAUCAUCUACGCUGCCGGAAAGCGUCAGUUACUCAAUAACGACCCGCAAGAACACACCUUCUCUCACAUCCAGGAACAGUGCUGGCCCUACUUUGAAAAUGCAAUGUCUGUCUAUACGGAGUUACUUUUCGCUGAGGUAUCGAUCAUGGGUGUCCAGGCGUUGAUUGCAAUGGCAAGUCUUGACCCUUGA